UAGGUUAGUAUCACGAUGUUAGUUGGCCAGAUAUUUUUCAUUUAAUAUUUAUGAUUUUUCGUGGUUGGUGCGCGUAUUUCUUUAGAAUGACAACUACGAAGAAAGUCUAUCUUACUCCCAUUGGGGUGCGAGGCAUGACAGUUUUAGAUCGCGAUAAAUUCUUGCGUAAUUUAAUGGUGCCAAUUCUCAAGGUAGCCGAGAAUACUAAUCUAUCGAAAGUUACGCAGAGCUGCAGGUCAUUCUUCCUAAAAUUGGACAACUUCAAGCCUGUUCAAGAUUUAGCUGGAGACGAAUUAUUUAAAAAAUGCAUUUAUUUGAAUCCUGAGAAGAUUUCUGAUUGGACUGAUAUCCCUGAAGAAACAUGUACUGCAUUAAAAGCAUAUGAAAUUGAUGAAAAUAAUUUUGACUCCAGAGAAGUUGAACUGUGUUAUGAAAAUUGGAGUUAUGAGACUAUUUUCAAGGCUGUUUUACCUGAAGGCAAGGAAGGUGUGAGUGGGUUUUCACAGAUAGGGCAUAUCAUACAUUUGAAUCUUAGAGAUCAUCUGUUAGACUACCGCCAGCUCAUUGGUCAAGUGUUACUGGACAAAUUGAAGACUUGUCGGACAGUUAUCAACAAGGAUAAUGUUAUUGAUAAUACCUACAGGAACUUUAGUAUGGAACUUUUAGCUGGAGAAGAAAAUUACAUAGUCACUGUGAAGGAGAACAGAUGUAACUUCAAGUUUGAUUUUUCUAAAGUAUAUUGGAACCCCCGUUUGUGCAAAGAACAUGAGAGAAUAUUAGAUUUUCUAGAAGAAGGAGAUACACUAUUUGAUGUUUUUGCAGGCGUUGGCCCAUUCUCCAUACCAGCAGCAAAAAGAAACUGCACAGUAUUUGCAAAUGAUUUAAAUCCAGAGUCUUACAACUGGUUGAAUCACAAUGCAAAAUAUAAUAAAGUUGACAUGAAUCAUUUCCAAUCGUUCAAUCUAGAUGGGAAAGAUUUUAUUUGUAACAUUUUUAAAGAACAUAUCAUCCAAACUUGCCCAAAUGAAGAUAACAAAUCGAAAAUACAUAUUACGAUGAAUUUGCCGGCUUUAGCAUUGGACUUUGUGAAAUAUUUCAAAGGAUUGAUAAGUGAUGCGAAUGUGAUGGCUGACUUUGAUAUUGAAAUAAUAGUUUAUGUUUAUUGUUUUGUGGUUGAAGGUAAUGACGCAAUGGAUAUGUUGAAUAUCAGUAUGGGAUGUGAUAUGAAAAAAUAUGUGAUAGACAUUUUUAACGUUAGGAAUGUGUCUCCCAAAAAGGACAUGAUGCGAGUUACUUUUAAGUUGACCAAAGAAGUGUUGUGUGGUAUAAAGGACUGUGAUGUUGUGAGUGAACCCCCGGCUAAGAAGUUAUGUGUUGAUGUCGACAAUACAGAUAAAAAUAUUUCUUAAAACUCGUUCAGUUCGUGGUAAAAUGUGAAUUUUAUUAAAAAUAUAGUUAAGUACCAUUGUAUGUCAUAGAAUAUUUUUGAUAUCUAUUAAAUCGCUAUGUACAUUAA